CACCUUUUCAAUCUUUCAAUGUUGGAAGAAGACGCACGAUUGUCGUAGGUAGAUUUUGAACAAAGAUGGUACUCUUGUCGGCAAUAUCAGCGCAAGCUAUAAGUCGGUUGCGUGGUUAUGUUCCUCCACCAACGUCGUAUAGCUCGGUGCCUCUCUCGAGACGGGCGGCAGUACUGAUAUUACUGUUUGCUGAUCGAAGAGGGGAUUUAAAAGUCGUGCUGACUCUGCGUGCGAGCACAUUAAAAUCGUAUCCUGGCCAGGUCGCCUUACCAGGAGGAAAAGCGGAUACACUCUCAGAGACACCGUUCCAAACUGCGCGGCGGGAAGCCUUUGAGGAAAUUGGUCUUCCUGACACCGAUAUGGGGUUACCCAAACAAUUCCGCGUGGAGCAUCUCUGCGAGCUGCCGGCUACUCUGGCAAGGUCUGAGUUGGUGGUUCGACCUUGUGUAGCCUUUUUACAUGCAGAAGAUCGCGGCGUUUCUGUCGCGAACGCUGAAGAGACAUUAAUCCCUAGACUAGAUGCAAAGGAAGUGGCUGCAGUUUUCACCGCACCGUUGCAAAAGUUUCUUGAUCAGUCAAGUGGAGAUGAUUCUAAUAAUCACAAUUCUCCAUGGUACGAGGGAAAUUGGACGAAAUGGCAUGGUAAAAAAUGGAGAAUCCAUAAUUUUAAUGUCCCAAUUCGGACACAAGCUGGAUCCAGGGCAAGAUCUGAUGAGACACAGCAAACGAAUGUAGCGGAUCUUCAUCCUUCAAGCGGAGGAUCCGCUGUGACUCGCUAUCGGGUCUGGGGAAUGACGGCUCGCCUGCUGGUAGACGCGGCGAGACUGGCAUAUGAUCGAGAACCCGCCUUCGAUCAUGACAGCACUUUUGGGGCUGAGGAUGUCAUCGGAAAGCUUCUGGCGUCGGGACGCCUGGGUGACGGACGAAGCCAGGACGAUGAGCUUGCGCGCGAAGAACUGAGCAAGGCACCAAAGCUGUAGAAGCAAGCCAAUCCUUUUUGAAACCUGACGUGCAACCAUUCGAUAGAUCAAACACCUAACCCUCCGCACAAACCAUGGUACUCCUCGCGUCCUGAUAUUUGCCUAGAGCUGUUAGGUACCAUUGCGAACAGGCAGUCGUUGCUAGCUUCCGCUCCUUCCCCAUAGGUCCCCACAUGGAAGUUUACUCGUAGGGCUCCUUCUGAAUUUGAGAUCCGUCUUCGAAAACAAACUCCAGACAUGGAUACGUGCUUUGCAAUUGCCAACCAAUCUUGAGCGGGACUUCCUCAGGAUCAACCUUUCUCUGAAGCCCUAUAUAAACAGUAGAUUUCCCCAAACCCCAGAUUCCUUCUCCUCUUUUUUCUCCCCUUACGUACCGCGUACAGCUCACAUACCGCUCACAUACCGUUCACAGCUCUCACAGCUCUCACACAGCG